CGCGUUCGCACUGCCCAGAGCCAGGGCGCUGCCCGGAGCCCAUGAGCACCAUGCGCCUGCUGACACUCGCCCUGCUUUUCUCCUGCUCCUUCGCCCGAGCCGCUUGCGACCCCAAGAUCGUUAACAUCGGCGCGGUACUGAGCACGCGGAAGCACGAGCAGAUGUUCCGCGAGGCUGUGAACCAGGCCAACAAGCGGCAUGGCUCCUGGAAGAUCCAGCUCAACGCCACCUCCGUCACCCACAAGCCCAACGCCAUCCAGAUGGCCUUGUCCGUGUGCGAAGACCUCAUCUCCAGCCAGGUCUACGCCAUCCUAGUUAGCCACCCACCUACCCCCAACGACCACUUCACUCCCACCCCCGUGUCCUACACAGCCGGCUUCUACCGCAUCCCUGUCCUGGGGCUGACCACCCGCAUGUCCAUCUACUCAGACAAGGUAAGCCCAACAGCUAGAGGGGGCCCGGCCGGCUCUACUCCGGCUGUUCAGACCUGGCGGCUCACUCCUGCAGCCCGGGGCACCAGCAGCCACCCGGGGACUGGGGCAGGGGCAGAGCACAGCUCCAUGGCAGGGAGACUCAGUGGCCCCCAGGCCGCCUCGUCCCCCAGCACCACCCCGGCCCCCAGCCCCGCCCCGGGCCUAGGUGUUUGCGAGCUCCAGGUACGUGCCCGUCUGCAGACGUGCCGAGGAGGUGGUGUGAUUGCUUUAGCGCCGUCAUUUUCAACCGUUUAUAAUCUUCUUCUGUGUCUGCAUAUUUUCUCUGUGCACAUUAUUCAUCAGAGUAAAAAAAGGAACUAUGAAAACCUCGACCAACUGUCCUAUGACAACAAGCGCGGACCCAAGGCUGAGAAGGUGCUGCAGUUCGACCCGGGGACCAAGAACGUGACGGCCCUACUGAUGGAGGCACGGGAGCUGGAGGCCCGGGUCAUCAUCCUCUCUGCCAGCGAGGACGACGCUGCCACCGUGUACCGCGCAGCCGCGAUGCUGAACAUGACGGGCUCAGGGUACGUGUGGCUGGUGGGGGAGCGCGAGAUCUCAGGGAACGCCCUGCGCUACGCCCCGGACGGCAUCAUCGGGCUGCAGCUCAUCAACGGCAAGAACGAGUCAGCUCACAUCAGCGACGCCGUGGGCGUGGUGGCCCAGGCGGUGCACGAGCUUCUGGAGAAGGAGAACAUCACCGACCCGCCACGGGGCUGCGUGGGCAACACCAACAUCUGGAAGACAGGGCCGCUCUUCAAGAGAGUGCUGAUGUCCUCCAAGUACGCGGAAGGAGUGACGGGCCGCGUGGAGUUCAACGAGGACGGGGACCGCAAGUUCGCCAACUACAGCAUCAUGAACCUGCAGAACCGCAAGCUGGUGCAAGUGGGCGUCUACAAUGGCACCCACGUCAUCCCCAAUGACAGGAAGAUCAUCUGGCCCGGUGGAGAGACAGAGAAGCCCCGAGGCUACCAGAUGUCCACCAGACUGAAGAUUGUGACGAUCCACCAGGAGCCCUUUGUGUACGUCAAGCCGACGCUGAGCGACGGCACGUGCAAGGAGGAGUUCACGGUCAAUGGGGACCCGGUCAAGAAGGUCAUCUGCACGGGGCCCAACGACACGUCUCCGGGCAGUCCACGCCACACGGUGCCUCAGUGCUGUUACGGCUUCUGCAUCGACCUACUCAUCAAGCUGGCGCGGACCAUGAACUUCACUUAUGAGGUGCACCUGGUGGCCGAUGGCAAGUUCGGCACGCAGGAGCGGGUGAACAACAGCAAUAAGAAGGAGUGGAACGGGAUGAUGGGCGAGCUGCUCAGCGGGCAGGCGGACAUGAUCGUGGCGCCGCUCACCAUCAACAACGAGCGCGCGCAGUACAUCGAGUUCUCCAAGCCCUUCAAGUACCAGGGCCUGACCAUCCUGGUCAAGAAGGAGAUCCCCCGGAGCACGCUGGACUCGUUCAUGCAGCCCUUCCAGAGCACGCUGUGGCUGUUGGUCGGGCUGUCAGUGCACGUGGUGGCCGUGAUGCUGUACCUCUUGGACCGCUUCAGCCCCUUCGGCCGGUUCAAAGUGAACAGCGAGGAGGAAGAGGAGGACGCGCUGACCCUGUCUUCCGCCAUGUGGUUCUCCUGGGGCGUCCUGCUCAACUCUGGCAUCGGGGAAGGCGCCCCCCGAAGCUUCUCCGCGCGCAUCCUAGGUAUGGUGUGGGCUGGGUUCGCCAUGAUCAUCGUGGCCUCCUACACUGCCAACCUGGCGGCCUUCCUGGUGCUGGACCGGCCGGAAGAGCGCAUCACAGGCAUCAACGACCCACGACUGAGGAAUCCCUCCGACAAGUUCAUCUACGCGACAGUGAAGCAGAGCUCGGUGGACAUCUACUUCCGGCGGCAGGUGGAGCUGAGCACCAUGUACCGGCACAUGGAGAAACACAACUACGAGAGCGCGGCCGAGGCCAUCCAGGCCGUGCGGGACAACAAGCUGCAUGCCUUCAUCUGGGACUCCGCGGUGCUGGAGUUUGAGGCCUCGCAGAAGUGCGACCUGGUGACCACGGGUGAGCUGUUCUUCCGCUCCGGCUUUGGCAUCGGCAUGCGCAAGGACAGCCCCUGGAAGCAGAAUGUCUCCCUGUCCAUCCUCAAGUCGCACGAGAACGGCUUCAUGGAAGACCUGGACAAGACGUGGGUACGGUACCAGGAGUGUGAUUCUCGCAGCAACGCCCCUGCUACCCUCACCUUUGAGAACAUGGCAGGGGUCUUCAUGUUGGUGGCCGGGGGCAUCGUGGCCGGGAUCUUCCUGAUCUUUAUCGAGAUCGCCUACAAGAGGCACAAGGACGCUCGCCGGAAGCAGAUGCAGCUGGCCUUCGCGGCGGUGAACGUGUGGAGGAAGAACCUGCAGGAUAGAAAGAGUGGUAGAGCAGAGCCUGACCCUAAAAAGAAAGCCACAUUUAGGGCUAUCACCUCCACCCUGGCUUCCAGCUUCAAGAGACGUAGGUCCUCCAAAGACACGCAGUACCAUCCCACUGAUAUCACGGGCCCGCUCAACCUCUCAGAUCCCUCGGUCAGCACCGUGGUGUAAGGCCCCCGGAGGCGCCCACCUGCCCAGUUAGCCCGGCCAAGGACACUGAUGGGUCCUGCAGCUCGGGAAGGCCCGAGGGAA